CACCAUUUCCGCGGCUGCGUCCCAUUUCGAUUCGUGUUGCAACGUGCUUGGCAUUUCCAAUCACACACUCACAUACACACAAGGACACUCACAAGCCAAACCCUCGCUCCCACUUCCAAGCGAGGACGAUGGGGACGCAGGACGAUCAUUCACCGCCUUGGGUUGCGCCCAUCCGCUACAACCAGCUCCUGCCCUACUAUCACGCGGCUGGCCUGCGCCCGACGACGGAUCCCGCUGAACGUGCGCGUGCUGAAGCGCACUGCCGCGGCGGGCUCGAGGCCGAGGCCGACACCCUCCUCGCGUCACUGCUCGAGGCCUUCCAGCGCGCCGUGCUCUCGCGCGAUCUGACGCCAACCGGCCAGCUCGCGGUCGCCACCAGGCGCAUGUCCGACUACAUUGACUUGUAUGGAUUCCGAUUCACCGUCGAGCAGCUCUUGGCGCUCAUCGAGACAACGUACUCGCUGAUUACGACAACCAAGAACAUUCAACUGUCAUCGCAGGCGGGCUUGAUGACCUUCCUGACUCGCUUGCUGGAACCAACAGCAAUGCUGCCCGUUGGGCUGAUUGUGCUGGACUGGCGCCCGCUCGCCGCGUUUUACAGAUACUUGCAUUGCCACCCUCGGUUUCCAUUCAAGCUCGAGGCAAAGGAGCAUCUGACUCCCCUGUGCACCCUCAUGCAAGCCUGUCGUGACUUUUUUGCUCCCAGCGCUGCGCAAGAGUUGCUUGACGAAUACCUCCCCAUGCUGGUCCCCGUCGAUUCGUCGUUUGACGAAGCCAGCCAGAUGCUGUCCCUCCUUUUGCCAACGCGACAGGUGGUCGAGAAGCACAUGAUUCAGGCUCAGCUGGCCGCUCCGUCGACGCCCAUUCCGAUUCUCAAGCCAGAGCAAGCUGUGCCGUGGUUUUCUCCCCUCAUGCAAACGUGGCGGUGGACGGAAGACCGGAAGCCGUGGGACUGCCGAUUCCUGGAGCUGUUUUCUCGGCUUGCCCAGCACUCGUGCGGCCUGUUGGACUGGUCGGAGGUGUCUGACCGAUUCUUUACGGCCAUUGCCCGGCAAUUGGAAAUUCCCAGCGGCGCCGGCUUCUUGCCGUCUGCGCGCGGCGGUAAAUUGCGUGGCGAACAAGUCGACACGUCGCGUUGGAUUGUCGGGGCCAUGCGACCGGAUGGCGCCAUUCUCGAUCGUCUCGAGUCGCUUUUGCAGUCGAUUGAAACCUACUACCAUCCCAGCAAUAAUGGAGCGUGGUCGGAUGGGUUGUCUGUCUUUCUCCACCGCUUGGCAGACACCUUUUCUUCACGCUAUGCCCAAGAGCGCCAGGACCAGGAGCUCCUUGCCGAACUGCAGAUGCUUCGUACGCAACAAGAGCACGGCGACCCACGGGCUGCUGAUGGAGCCAACUAUGGCGUGGGUGAUUUCGGAUUUGAGCGGCCCUCAACAUCAUCCAUCGACAAAUCCGCCAGCCGCACGGAAGGCGCCACUCAACCAAACGUCUUUUCGGACGAAGAGCACAAACUCCUCGCUCAAUGGUGCCCCAUUCCUGAGAGCGAGCGAAUCACGCCCGAGACAGUCCGUCGGUUUGUCGAGAUGCUCCGGCCCCUUGCGCUCCUCCAGCUAUUUGCCAAGUCCGAGACGUUUAUCGCCAAUGCUGUGUCCACCAUCAAAAUUCUUGCUCUGCUUUGCCCGCAAGCAAUUCUCCCGCAAACGCUGGAACGCAUCUACCCGGCCUUGGAAACUGUGACGGAAACCCACCAAACCUCUGCUGCGCUCGCUUGCCUUGCAGGCCUAUCGCGUCUCUUGUUCUGGCGGCGAUUCUACCCCGGGGGUGCUCAGCAUCUUCCAGCGCUGCUGCAGCUCAUCCUUCCGGGCAUUGACGUGAACGAUUGGAAAAAGACAACUCCGACGCUGCAUUUUCUUUCGUGUCUGUUUGCCAACGUCCCAAUCCGCAACUACUCUUUGCUUGCCCGCAACGAAGCCUACGGCCGAGCCUUUGGUCAUGACAACUACCUGUCUCUGCCAUUCACCGACGUGGACGAGCAGCUCUGCGAAGCUUCCGCGAGCUUUGGGGAUUGGGUUUUGCAGCUGAUCGACAAGGUUCUUGACAUUUGCGAAAACCAGCUACCGCCCAGCAAGCGUGGCGAUAUUGGCGAAGGGGCAUUGUGGGUGCUGCCUGGCACGUGCGAGCUGCUCUUUCUCUCGCUGGAACCCGAGUGGCUUGACAAUGUGAUUCUCCGGGUGUUUGACUUUACCAUGACCCACCUGCGAAUGAACUCGCUGAAGCUGGUUGGGCGCUUGUGCAAGAGUCUCUGCGCUGCCGCUCCUGCAAAGGUUCUUCGGCAGUUUGUGCCGCGGCUGUGCGAGCAAAUUAUUGCCAACUUGGAGGUCGAAACUCCUCCUUCUUCCUCCCCAGUCACAACAACCCCCGAUGGUGCAAACCAAGCGACGGUUGGAGACAUUCAACGUGUUGACGAUCAAGUGCUUUGGCAGCUGCGUAUUCUCGCACAAAUUGUGGACAGCGGCGCUGCCAAGGUGUUAGAGUACAAGCCCAUGUUGCUGCAAACGCUUCAAGUCUGCUUUUCCCAGAUUCACCUGUUUGACCGUCGUUUGGCCAAGGCCGCUGGCAAGCUACUCCGGCGAUUGUUGCGGACGCUGACGCUCCCCAACUCGAGGUCGCACAAGCAGUUUGAUCUCCAAGACCCGAGCGCGACCCGGCCCCAUCUUCAACAACUCCGAGACUUGUACGAUAACUGGGGGCAUGCUCCGGCGUUGUCUAAAGUCUCGCUGAACUGGGACACUCCUACCGCGGAAGGGCUCGCGCUCGUUGAUGAGCUGUUGACAACCAUUCUGGCGCCCACCAUGGCUCGAUUGGACAAGCUGCUCCUUGGCGUGCGCGAAUCCACUUUGCCCUCCUUUUUCGCCAAGCACGAGGCCCUCGCCCAUCUGAAUGUGCUCUACAAUACCAUUGCUGGUGCCGGGUCCUAUCUGGGCCCGUACUUUGGCACUGCUCAGGAAGACCAGCAGCUUGCCAACCAACACGGCCACCCUUGGAUCCCACGACCACCCAUCGCAACCACCACAGCCACCGCGUCGCAGCACUGUCCAUCACAGGACUGGCGCAGCUUGCUUGCAGACUGCUUGGCCAGCUCGCUGUCCUACGUUGUCUCCGCUGGCAGUGAUGACACCAAAGCGGCACGAUUGUUGAUCAAGUGCUCCUCGCGCUUCAUCUCCGACUUUGGCAGGAGCACUGACUACCUGAAGCAUUCUCUCGUCUCUGUGAAGGGCGCACACAAGGCUCUAUCAGCGGUGCGGUUUGAAGGCAACGACGUGUCGUGCCAGUCGACUGCAGCGUGGGAACGGUUGACGGUGCGCUUCCUCCCACACGUGUCCAGUAGCGCUACACCAGACCAGAUUCGCCAAGCGCGCAUUCAAGCCGCGAAUCACGUGUUACGGCUCCAGGCAACCUAUGAAACGCGUGCGAGGCCCAUCCCAGCCAUCAUCAGUCUUCGGCGCGUCCUCGUGAUGCAUUGCUCAAGGGUGGCGGCUCUUCGGUACUCGGGACUUUUCACGAAACGGAUGGAGACAAUUGCUGCCUUUCUGCUGCAACUUGCGAUUCAUCCGUAUCUGGUUGUCCGCAAACGCAGUCAGCAUGCCAUGCGGCGAGUCAUGGAGACAUUCCCAACCAGCUCGAUGGUAUUGCUGCCAAAGUUCCUGAGCGUGCUUGAGGAAGCAACAGCCGUGGUCGCAGCGGCGCCCGUUGGAUCGCGUGAUACUGGUAGCUCGUUGGCGGCCGCCGCCGCUGCUUCUCUGUCCAGCCCGUCAAUCUCCAUCGACACGGCCAUCGAGCACAUCAAGGGCAUUUUAUUCUUGCUGAUGCAACCGCUUUGCCUCGUCCACCUCUAUUCUUCGUUCUGCCUCAUGGAACGCUGCUUUCUCGCCAUCUAUCGCUGCAGGGUGAUUGAACGUCAGUCUGUGCAAGCGAUGGUCCCAUUGCUCUUUAAUGCAGUGAGCCACCCGAGCGCCGGCCCGGUGCUUGCCACCACAGUGUCCGACGUUGCGCUCACUCUUGCGCAGCAGGCCGCUUUCUCGGCGAUCGCGGCACCUCUUGAUGUUGCAGCGCUGCUUGCGCAGGGCCAGGCCGAUGAAGCGGCAAGAAAUGACGGUCGUCGCGCCGAGCUCGAACACUUUUCCCAAAAGCUAGUGUUGCUUUUGCCGCGGUUGUCCACCCUGCACCACGCAGCCGCGGAGGACGCUGGCGAGGCCGCGCCAACGGCUGUGACCUGGCCGUACGAGGCUAUGGUGUUGGCCACCAUCGGCCAGGUCAGUCGCCCGGAUGCACUGCUGGAUCCUCGCCUUGUGGCGGCUGAGGCUGGGGCGUUGUUGAGCCACGUGCCGAUGAUUCGCGUCGGUGCCUUGUCGAUUGUCGUCAGCAUUUUCCGCGGUCUGAAACGCUUCACCAGCCAACCUUUCGUCAAGAGUGUGCAAUUGACCACGCCCACAGGAGGCGCCGAGUUGCUGCUUGCUCCUCAACCCAUGGGCAACAAUCUGCAGCAACACCCUCCCGCCCGUGACCAUAUUGUGUUUGAGCAGGCCAACCCCCCGCGCAACACGUCGCAUACAGCGCCCCCAGGAGAACGCCUGGACAACCAAGACCGUCGAAUCCAGGUGCACAACCCUUUCCCACGCACGCGCGAAGAAUGGGAAGCGACGCUAUUCGCAGAAAAGAACUUUUUGGGUUGGGUGGCCUUUCCACGGUCGUUUGUGGCGUAUCGCUACACCAAGGAUUUGCCCGGUCUCGGUAUUCGCGACCCAGCGUCCAUUCAGCCUGCAGAAGCCCCUCUGUGGGCUGCAUUUGCCGACCCAGUGACGGCGCAUGCGUUUGUCAAGCAGUUCAUCCUCUUCCAAGAAAUGGACCAUGCUCCUGCCAACAACGACGCGCAGUCCAGCGGCGCCCGCUUCAGCACGUCAACUGCCAAGCUGUACAAGCGCAUUUUUCGGCAGCUUGGACCGGCCGCCCUCGAGCCGUUCAAGGCCCAUUUGAUGCGCCAGGUCAAGAGCGACGAGCCUGGUCUGCAACGUACGGCGGCUGAAAUCAUUGCUGGCGCCGUUCGAGGCAGCAAGCAUUGGACCUUUGACUGCCAAGAGCAGUUGUGGCUGUUUAUUGUGCCCUUGCUGCGGACUGCUUUCGACAAGGCUGGCAACUACACGAUUGAUGAUUGGAACAAUUGUCUACUCUUUGCAGUGUACGAUCGCGAUGUGCAUCGGCUCCGCCAUUUGGUCCAGCUCGUCUUACGCGAGCCUCUGUUUUCGAAUGAUACAUCCUCGUUUUAUUCGACGUACCGACGCCUGUUGUUUGCCCACGCGGUGUCCAGCGAGAUGGGUUGGCGUGUUGCCGACGAGUCGCUUUUGAUGAUGCCCGUUCUGCUCGAGAAUUUGUCGUAUCCGUACAAGCUUGUUCGCCAGCAGCUCGCUCUGUUGAUUUUGGGCCUUCUUCAGGGCACAACAACGCCGCAGACAGACGGCGCAGCGAUGCACUUCCAUCCUGCUGCCAGCCAAGCGCUUCCCGCCAUUGUGACUGCACUCGAGCGGUGGCACGCGUUCAGUCGGCGCCAAGCGCACGAAUCGACCGAGUCCAGUCCCUCGUCCGGCUCUAGCAGUGACCCCAGUCCAUCUGUCACCCCGACGCCAGACCGUAGUGAGACUAGUCUGCUUUCUCCUGAGGACGAGGCUUGCCUGAAUGCUGGGCGCACAGCUCUCGAGUUUGUCUUGCGUGCGGUGACCCGCCUGGGUCGGUUUGUGCUCGAUGAGCACAUUCACAGCAUUCUGCCGCUGCUGUUCCAAUCAUACAAUUCAACGGACGAAGAGGUUCGAAUUGUUGGACGCCAGGCUUUGAAUGAGAUUUCCAACCUCGUCUUUCAACCCGUGGUCCUCGAAAGGCUCUUGCGGGCCAUGAUUGCGCCUCUAGAUCGAGCAUCCCAACACCACUACACUUGGCACGCAAAGAUCGCCUUCUUGUUUUCGCUUCAGUCACUCGUUUUCCGGAAUCAGUUCUAUAUUUCCCGAGAAAUGCUCGAUAUGAUUCUGCAAGCUGUUCUGCAGCUGAUGAAGGAUGAACAAAUCGAGGUCCGACAACUUGCUGGUGAAACGCUGGGGGUUCUCACCCGAUGCGAUUCCAGAAUCACCUCCAUGGGGCUCAUUGAAACUACCUUUUUGCCAUGGUCGAGGACCCAACUGCCAAGCCGAACGCUGGCAUCGAGUCAGCUGAACAGCAAACAGCGAGAGCAAGUCCUUCAACGGCAUGCUGGCGUAAUUGGUUUGUGUGCCUUUGUUCAAGCCCAGCCGUACACUCUGCCGUCUUGGAUGCCCGAGCUGCUUGUGGAGAUUGGUUCGCACCUGUCCGACAGAGGAGCCAUUCAGGCAACCGUCAAAAAGACAUUGUCUGAAUUUUGGCGCACUCAUCAAGACAAUUGGCACAAUUUCAAGCUUCAAUUUACUGAAGAUCAGCUGUCGGUGAUUACUGAUUUGCUGAUUUCGCCCAAUUACUAUGCCUGAUGAGUGGGCGUGGGGGUUUAACCCCCGUUUUUCGUAUUUUGCUGGACUUUUGUCUAGUCGUGGUUGUUUUGAAUACAUUCUAGUACCUUUGUC